UAAAGUGUUCGAUGAUCCUACUCCCAAGUGGUACAACCUCCAGGAAAGGACCGAGCCGUUCGAGGACGUCCUAUCCUACAAGGGCGACAUCAUAGUGUGUCUGAAGUUCGUCCCGCCAGACAUGACGGUACCCAAGAAGGGCAAGCGAUCGAGGGGGGCGCUGCACGUCCUCGUGAAGGAGGCCAAAGCCUUGACGGCCGUUAAGGCGAACGGCACCUCCGAUCCCUUCUGUAAAAGUUACCUGCUGCCGGACAAGGGCCGGAGUUCCAAACAGAAGACUCCGGUGGCUCGCAGAACCAUCAACCCGGUGUGGAACUACACCUUCGUGUACGACGACGUGACCCUGCAGGAGCUGGCGGAGCGGUGUCUGGAGCUGACGGUGUGGGACCACGACAGGCUGGCGAGCAAUGAAUUCUUGGGGGGAGUGCGGUUUUCGCUAGGUACAGGCAAGCAUUACGGCAAGGCAGUGGACUGGAUGGACGCCUCGGGCAAGGAGCUCAGCCUGUGGAAGAGCAUGUUGGAGAGGCCGAACUUCUGGGUGGAGGGCUGCCUGUCGCUGCGAUCCAGCCUGGAUACUCGAGCGUCGUAACGGAAUACUCAGCCGACAUAUCUAGGAUAUGCGCAUAUAUAUAUGUACUGUUAUUGAUAAUUUUUUAAAAAUAUUGUUAGUAUGUUUCCGAAAUGUACAUGGGUUAAAAUGUAUAAUCAUUUUAAUAUGUAAGUAAAUUUUUAUUACUAGUUAUUUAAUGUAUACCUUUAUAGGUAAUGAUUUCUAACAAACUGAUAUAUUUUCUUAUAAUAUUAAAUAGAUGUUUUCUACGUUUA